GCAUCUCCCCUUAAAAACAACAUUUACUAUAAACGAAGCUCAAAAUUCACGCACAAACACGCUCACUGCGUGCGCAGCUCCCCACAUACAAAUUAUUAGCUAUUACUAUGCUCUCCAAGACAAGGCUUAACAGCUGUCUGCCUUAAUUUUCAUGGACUCUGUUGUUUAAAGCUAGCGCCUUUUUGCUCCCAUUUUUCUUUUUCUUGCUUGAAUAAGUAUAGAAUAAAGCGGGUGUAAGGGAAAAAGGAAAGAAAAGAAUCAAAGCGUGUAGUACAUUUUCUUGGAGGAGGUAAACUAUUACCCAGAAAAAGAAGAGGGAAAAGGGAUAAAGAAAAGAUCUUGGCAUUCAAAAUUUUAUAUUUAUUUUUUGAUAUUUUGGCAUUAUGGGAUUGAAUAUAGCAGCAAUGUGCAAUGCAUUUUUGGUCGUGGUGGUGGUUUUGUUCUGCUCAUGGGUUUCUUGUGGAGAAGCUUCUGUUUCCUACGACUCAAAGGCCAUUAUUGUAAACGGGCGGAGGAAAAUUCUUAUUUCUGGAUCCAUUCACUACCCAAGAAGCACGCCUGAGAUGUGGCCAGAUCUUAUUCAGAAGGCAAAAGAAGGUGGUGUUGAUGUGAUUCAGACUUAUGUUUUCUGGAAUGGGCAUGAGCCUGAACCUGGGAAGUAUUAUUUUGAGGAGAGGUAUGAUUUGGUGAAGUUUAUUAAGCUAGUAAAGCAAGCAGGACUUUAUGCCCAUCUCAGAAUUGGUCCCUAUGCUUGUGCUGAAUGGAAUUUUGGGGGUUUUCCAGUUUGGCUGAAAUAUGUUCCUGGUAUAAGUUUCAGGACAGAUAACGGGCCUUUUAAGGCUGCUAUGCAAAAAUUCACAACCAAGAUUGUGAAUAUGAUGAAAGCUGAAAGACUGUAUGAAACUCAAGGUGGUCCAAUCAUACUAUCUCAGAUUGAGAAUGAAUAUGGACCAAUGGAGUAUGAGCUCGGUGCACCUGGCCGAGCUUAUACAGAAUGGGCUGCGAAAAUGGCAGUCGGUCUUGGCACUGGUGUACCGUGGGUCAUGUGCAAGCAAGAUGAUGCUCCUGAUCCAAUUAUAAAUUCCUGCAAUGGUUUCUAUUGUGAUUACUUUUCCCCGAAUAAGGCUUAUAAACCCAAGAUGUGGACUGAAGCAUGGACUGGCUGGUUUACUAAAUUUGGUGGUCCUGUACCUUACCGACCGGCCGAAGAUUUGGCAUUUUCUGUUGCUAAAUUUAUUCAGAAAGGAGGCUCUUACAUUAACUACUAUAUGUAUCAUGGAGGAACAAACUUUGGCAGGACAGCUGGCGGUCCGUUUAUUGCAACUAGCUAUGACUAUGAUGCACCUCUUGAUGAAUACGGACUUUUGAGGCAGCCCAAAUGGGGACACCUGAAAGAUUUGCACCGGGCAAUUAAGCUCUGCGAGCCAGCUUUAGUAUCUGCGAAUCCUGUUGUUACGCCACUUGGCAACUAUCAAGAGGCUCAUGUGUUCAAAUCAAAGUCCGGUUGUGCUGCAUUCCUUGCAAAUUACAAUCAAAAUUCGUUUGCAAAGGUGUCCUUUGGGAGUAAACAUUAUAAUUUGCCUCCUUGGUCUAUCAGUAUCCUUCCUGACUGCAAAAACACUGUCUACAACACGGCAAGGAUUGGAGCCCAAAGUGCCCAAAUGAAGAUGACCCCCGUGAGAAAAGGAUUCAAUUGGCAGUCUUACAAUGAAGAAGCUGCUUCACACGAAGAAAAUUCAUUUACAAUGGUUGGGUUGCUCGAGCAGAUUAAUACCACAAGAGACCACACAGACUAUUUAUGGUACACGACAGAUGUGAGAAUCGACCCGCGUGAAGGAUUUUUAAGAGGCGGCAAGUGGCCUGUGCUCACUGUGCUUUCUGCGGGCCAUGCAUUGCAUGUAUUUAUCAACGGGCAACUAUCAGGAACUGCUUAUGGAAGUCUCGAAAAUCCCAGAUUGACGUUCAGUGAAGGCGUGAAUUUGAAAGCCGGAGUGAACAAAAUUUCUCUCCUCAGCAUUGCCGUUGGUCUCCCGAAUAUAGGUCCACAUUUCGAGACAUGGAAUGCUGGUGUUCUUGGUCCUGUUUCUCUCAGUGGUCUUAAUGAAGGAAAACGAGAUUUGACGUGGCAAAAGUGGUCUUACAAUGUUGGUCUAAAAGGAGAGUCUCUGAGCAUUCAUUCGCUCAGUGGAAGCUCUUCAGUUGAAUGGGUCGAGGGAUCGUUUGUCAGCGAAAGACAACCAUUGACUUGGUACAAGACCACUUUCAAUGCUCCUGAUGGAAAUGAGCCCUUGGCUUUAGACAUGAACACAAUGAGCAAAGGCCAUGUUUGGAUAAACGGUCAAAGCAUAGGGCGGUAUUGGAAUCAGUACAAAGCAUCUGGCAACUGCGGGGCAUGCAAUUAUGCCGGUUGGUUUAACGAGAAGAAAUGCCUAACCAAUUGUGGUGAAGCUUCCCAGAGAUGGUACCAUAUUCCUCGAUCCUGGCUUUACCCGACUGGAAAUCUUCUUGUUGUGUUCGAAGAAUGGGGAGGAAAUCCUUAUGGGAUUACUUUGGUCAAAAGGGAAGUUGCGAGCGUGUGUGCCGAUAUAUACGAAUGGCAGCCGACUUUAAUGAACUGGCAAAUGCAAGCAUCAGGAAAAGUCGACAAGCCACUAAGGCCUAAAGCACACCUUUCGUGUGCCUCUGGCCAAAAGAUCUCGUCCAUCAAGUUCGCUAGCUUCGGGACCCCUCAGGGGUCUUGUGGUAAUUUCCGUGAAGGGAGUUGCCAUGCAUUCCAUUCUUACGAUGUUUUCGAGAGGUAUUGUGUCGGCCAACCAUCUUGCACAGUGCCCGUUACACCCGAGAUCUUUGGUGGAGAUCCUUGUGCAAAUGUCAUGAAGAAAGUAUCUGUCGAGGCCAUUUGCAGCUAAGGAAGGAGAGAACAAGUUGAAGCCAAUCGAUAAAAAAAUAUCUUGUUUGCUCUUCUGGUUUGAUCUAUGUCAAUGUUAUUGCAUUGCAAUAUUCAUCAGAACCAUAUUUUUCAUCCGGACUUCUGGUUAGAGGUGAAGUUGUACAUAUAAUGCAACACACCACACGACCCGAAGUCUCCUAGUACAGUAUGAAGGUGGUGUAACUUUAAGGUAAUGAAAUAUGUAUAUAUAUACCUGUUGAUUUGUUCGGUUUUGUAUUGCGAACUGUUGAGUGGAAGUUUUGUUGGGGGGGAAGAUGAAGGCACAUUGUGACGAUAAUAUGAGUCCAUGUGCGGAUUUGUCCCAAUUCACUUAAGUUCUUGGUUUCAUAUGAUUUGGGGGUUUGUAUGAUUCUAUGUGAAUGUAAGAAAAGCAAUUGUUCAUUGCUUUUACCCUUUGCAAGUUUAUCAAUAUAUCAAAGAUUUGUUGAUGAAAAUCUGUGUCUGCUCAAGAUCUCUUGUAACUUUUACUUCGGAAACUGGUAAUCAUAUGCGAGUCAUGAGUG